AUGAGAUUAAACAACGCCGCUCUUCUUCUCCUCAAAUCCUCCUCUCACCCUAGGGUUUUCUCUCUCAGUCUCCGCCGCCAUUUUCUCUCCCACUUCCGCUUCUCUUCCUCCUCCGCAGUCAUGCCUGGUUCCGAACCCUCAUCCGAGAUUCAAUGGCCUGCCAGGACCGUCAGGGAUACGUAUUUCGAUUUCUUCAAGGGGAAAGGUCACAAGUUCUGGCCAUCGAGCCCCGUCGUUCCCCACAAUGAUCCCACUCUUCUCUUCGCUAACGCCGGAAUGAAUCAAUACAAGCCAAUAUUUUUGGGAACGGCGGAUCCGAAUACGGAGCUUAGCAAGCUAACCCGGGCGUGUAACACUCAGAAGUGUAUUCGUGCUGGUGGCAAGCAUAAUGAUCUUGACGAUGUGGGAAAAGAUACUUACCAUCACACCUUCUUUGAGAUGCUGGGUAACUGGUCAUUUGGAGAUUAUUUCAAGAAGGAAGCUAUUGAGUGGGCUUGGGAACUCUUGACCAAGGUUUAUGGGCUACCAACUGAUCGAAUUUAUGCUACCUAUUUUGGCGGGGAUGAGAAAGCUGGCCUUCAACCUGAUAAUGAGGCUCGGGAUAUAUGGCUGAAGUUUCUUCCACCUGGACGUGUGCUACCUUUUGGUUGUAAAGACAACUUUUGGGAAAUGGGUGACACAGGUCCGUGUGGACCUUGUACUGAGAUACACUAUGAUCGUGUUGGUAACCGUGAUGCUGCAUCCUUAGUUAACAAUGACGACCCAACAUGUUUGGAAAUAUGGAAUCUUGUGUUUAUUCAGUUCAACAGAGAGACUGAUGGCUCACUAAAACCUCUCCCUGCUAAGCAUGUCGAUACUGGAAUGGGUUUCGAGCGGUUAACUUCUGUUCUUCAGAACAAAAUGAGCAACUACGAUACAGAUGUCUUCAUGCCUAUCUUUGAUGACAUUCAGAAGGCCACAGGAGCUAGGCCAUAUUCUGGAAAAGUUGGUGUGGAAGAUGUCGACAGAGUUGACAUGGCUUACAGAGUUGUUGCGGAUCAUAUUAGAACGCUGUCAUUUGCUAUCGCGGAUGGCUCCCGUCCUGGUAAUGAGGGCCGUGAGUAUGUUCUGCGGCGUAUUCUUCGCCGAGCAGUUCGAUAUGGAAAAGAGAUCCUAAAAGCUGAGGAAGGGUUUUUCAACGGACUAGUCAGUUCUGUUAUUCGAGUGAUGGGUGAUACCUUUACAGAGUUGAAGGAACAUGAGAAAAAGAUCACAGAGAUAAUAAAAGAAGAGGAAGACAGCUUUUGCAAGACCUUGGCGAAGGGAAUUGAGAAAUUUCAGAAAGCUGGCAAGGCAGUUCAAGGGAAUACACUGAGUGGAGAGGAUGCUUUUGUCUUAUGGGAUACUUAUGGUUUCCCAUUAGAUCUGACUCAGUUGAUGGCUGAAGAAAGAGGAUUGCUGGUUGAUGUUGAUGGUUUCAACAAAGCCAUGGAAGAAGCGAGGGAAAGAUCUAGAAGUGCCCAGAAUAAGCAAGCUGGUGGUUCCAUUGUUAUGGAUGCUGAUGCUACAUCAAAAUUGCACAAGGCUGGUGUGUUAGCAACAGAUGAUUCUUUUAAAUACACUUGGUUCCAGGAUCACGAGAGUGAAAUAAAGGCUAUCUACACUGGCUCUACUUUUUUGGAAAGUUCAGCUGCUGGUGAUAACGUUGGACUAGUAUUGACGUCUUCUAGUUUCUAUGCUGAGCAGGGUGGCCAGAUUUUCGACACCGGACUUAUUGAAGGCUCGUUUGGUACAUUCAACGUGUGUAAUGUCCAAAUAUUUGGCGGUUUUGUUCUUCAUAUUGGCUAUCUCUCUAAAGAAACUGGAGUGGUAUCUGUGGGGGAUAAAGUGACUUGCAAGGUUGACUAUGAGAGACGUAAGCUCAUCGCUCCUAACCAUACUUGCAAACCGGUUGACCCUGAAGAUUUAAGAAAGAUCGAAGCCAUAGUGAAUAAACAGAUCAAGGAUGAAUUGGAAGUAUUUUCCAAGGAAUCGGUGCUUUCUGAAGCCAAGCGAAUCAAAGGUCUAAGAGCAGUGUUUGGUGAAGUCUACCCUGAUCCUGUCAGAGUGGUGUCGAUUGGGAGACGAGUCGAAGACCUCUUGGCUGAUCCUGAAAACGAGGAAUGGUCAUCGCUUUCUUCUGAGUUUUGUGGAGGAACCCAUAUAACAAACACCCGUGAAGCCAAAGCGUUUGCUCUUCUAUCAGAGGAGGGAAUUGCUAAAGGUAUUCGUAGAGUAACUGCUGUGACUACCGAAUGUGCUUUUGAUGCAUUGAAUGUGGCGUCCUCACUUGAAAAACUAGUUGAGGAUGCAUCCAAAGAGGAGGGGAGUGUAUUGGAAAAGAAAGUUGCUGCUUUGAAAAGCCAGGUAGACGCAGCAAUUAUGCCAGCAGCCAAAAAGGCAGAUAUAAGGGCCAAGAUUGCUUUGCUUCAGAAUGAAGUGAGGAAAGCUCAAAAGAAAAUAGCAGAGCAAAACCUGAAGAAAUCUGUCAAAGUAGCAACAGAGGCGGCGGAGUCUGCAGCAUCAGAUGGGAAGACAUUCUGCAUUAUACAGCUUGAUGUAGGUCUCGAUGCAGCAGCCGUACGAGAGGCUGUCUCGAAAGUUAUGGAAAAGAAGGUAAGACUCCAUUUCCUUGAAGCAUCACUUCUAACGACCAACAAGGCGGUUGUGUGUGCAGGAGUUCCAGACAAAUCUGAUAAGUUCAAGCAAUUAGACGUCACUGAGUGGCUUACUACUGCAUUGGGUCCUCUUAAAGGGAGAUGCGGGAAAGGGAAAAGUGGUCUCGCAUCUGGACAGGGAACGGAUGCCUCUCAAGUGAACGCAGCUUUGGAUCUGGCUGCAUCAUUUGCAGCAAUGAAACUUAACUGA